AACGCAACGGGCUCAGUUCGAGCCCGUGUGCAAGUUGCAAAUCGUCCUGCCGGCCGAACAGCAGGAGCAGCCUGACAGCUCGAUCCUGAGAGAUCAGCCGGCCGACCAAGCGGCAUAGUGACGAAACAGUGAACACUCGGUGGCGACGGUGGAUUUUUCGUGACGAGCAAGCAGUGUCCCCGCGCCGGGAUUCGCCUGAGCCUCAGGGAUACCCGCAGGGCACCCGGGAAGCACGAGGAACACGCGACGCACGUUGUCAUUCGCGCGAGUGGCUGCAUCGCGGAGGUGCAGAGGCUGCAAUUGUUCCGCAAGUGGCACAUUCACUCGCGCGUCUCCGCCGCUGAUUUCGCGCCAGAAACUUUCUGGCGCUUCGCCGGCCAGACGGACGGACGGACAAACGGACGACCGGAGCGCGCGAAGAUCAUCGCCAUGGAGGACUCGACGCGGCUGAGCGAGCCGAGCGAGCAUCGUCAGCACCACCACCGUCAUCAUUACCACCAUCAUCACCAUCAUCAUCACCACCACCAUCGCGGCCGUACUCCGGUGGGUGAGUUCGGCGACGACGAGUGCAGCACCGACAGCGGCUGCAGCAGCGGCGGUAGUACCGGCAGCGGUGAACGACUGUCUCGGCGAGGCAGCGACGAGUGGCCGGGCAGGUCCGGCAGGUCGCCGAGGAGCAGCCACUGCUACCUGGAGCGGCUGCGGGCGAGCGGCCGCUCGACGCGGUCGCAGGACCGCGACGGCGGCGGAGGUGGAAGCAGCCUGCAGCGGUCGUCGGAGCGCGCCUGGAGCCCGGAAGACGUGAGGAGCCUGCCCCGAGGAGGCCUCUCGCCCUCGCCAUACUCGUCCAGCCCGUCGGACGCGCACAGCAGCAGCGACAGCGACUCCCUCAAGAGGCCUUCCACCACGGAGACGCUGAGACGGGCGUUCCAGAGCCUGAAGAUCAACUCGGCCAAGUGGGAAGGCGCCGCCAAGGAGAAGAAGCACGCGAAGAAGAGCCCGAAGAGAAUCCUGCGCAGCCCGGUGCCCUACAUGUACGUGCGGGGCCUGUCCGGCCUGCCGACCCUAAGGGUCCCCCGAAACGGUCUCCAGCAGAUACAACCUUGCUCCUGCCAGGACCUGAUUGGGCUCUAUCUGUAGAUCCUGAUUGCGCCAAGAGAGGAACGAAAAGAAAGAGAGAGGGACUUGUCCUCGGGAGGACAACACGAGUCAUACCGGAUUCCCAUAAUAGCCGAGGCAGGACCAAGGACCUCCCGACUCGCGCCGGGACCCCGACGACGAGUCGAUCUCUUCAUCGCAACUGCCCCGAGCCGGUUUCCGCUCGCGGAACUCGGGGUCUCUCUUGGUUCGCCCGCGCAAACGCUUCGCGGACUCCUCCGCUGCGAAGUAGUAUAAGUCGAGCAUAACGCCGGCCGACGCGACGCGACGCGCUUAGCUGAUCGCCCGGUCCCCCAGUCGAGGAAACUAAUGACGAGAAGAAGCUGAGGGAAGGGGGAGGGACCAGAGGGGGCGAGGACAGAAUCCAAAGGGCGAGAUGGAUGUUGAAUGUACGCUACUGAUCGUGUUGUUAGGCGCCAGAACGAUUCUCCGAACACGAAAAGCGAUCGGAUGAAAUAACAACUCGGGACGAGGGGGAGGGAACUUUGUAUUUGGCUCCGUUGAUCCUUCCUCUGCGAGUGACUCAGCCGCGUGACCUCGCAUCGGGGCGAACGGGGGACGAAUCCGCCGCGUCUCGCCCGCGCAAACUUUCUAACACUUUUGCAACGUCUUUUUAUCGAGCUCUUCUCUCGUCGAUCUCGUAGGGUGUUUAGGCGCCAAGAAGUACUUCCUACGUAUGUUACGUACACACAAACACACACAUACACACAUGCAAGUAUGUAAUCAUCAAAAACACUCAAUUAGAUAAUUCCUUUCUCGAUGCACUCUCGAGAAGUUCGGCCAGCAGCGCUGCGGUGUUCCCCAACGAAGCGUAAUAAGACGAAGCGGGUGUCUAGCGACAUGAGCGCGCAGACUGAUAGGUUUAAUGUACACUCGUUCGUACGUACGCUGUCGUUGAUGAAGAAACUAUAUAGGAUUCUCCUCGGCUCAAGCGUCGACCAUUAGAGAGAUUCUCUGAUGGACGUUCACGCGAAAUCGAGGGUCGUAACGACGACGCGAUAAUAAUAAUAUAGAAUAAGAAGGCGCAAAGAGCUGUCGAACGAUCUAAUCGAAGAGGCUCCCCCGCAGGAAAUGAUUAUAUAUAAUUACAUAAGAUUAUGUAUGAUUAUAUAUAAAUUAUACAUAAUUAUAUGCAACCCAUAAACGAAUGUUGCCUCCAUUAGUUGCAUAUACACGCCAUUACGCACGUUCACACGCGAAAAAUGCUGUUGAAAGUGGAAGGAGAAAAAUAUUAAUUUAUCGAAUGCUGAUUAAAUAUGAUUUAUAAGUUACUCGAUUCAGCGGAAUGUCGACGUCACGAGUCGCAAACGUAAGCAUUUGCUGCAAUUACAUUUGUACGCGACAUUCUCUUCAGGGUGUGAACGCACGUAGUGGCGGAUGUUCAUAUGUGGCGAUGUGGGGACGAGGUUUAUAUAUAAAAUCAUCUUUCUGCAGAGCAGCUUUCAGGUGCGCCUGGUGCAGCAAGGUCUGAUCGUCGCGUAUGAAUUAACGGCGUGACGUGUAUGACGCACGCACCUGAAGGCCGAGCGAGUGAUCGACGAUUAUCCCUGGUUGGCGCUUCUCGUUCGAUCGUUCGUUCAUUCGUACAUUCAUUCAUUGCCGUCGUGUGUGACGACACACUUCCAUCGGCACUAACAGACGCGGUUCAUUAACGACGGGAAUCAACUACGUCGGUCGAUCGAUCAGCGCGAUCGCUCAUGAAUAUUCGAUGAAUCCCUAAUGUCGACGGCGCUCUUAAAUACAUGCAUUCGGGCGUAGAUGUGAUAAGGUCGCGCUCUCCGAAUAUGUUGGGGAUGAAAUCUUGCUCGAGGAACGGAGCGAGAGCUGCAAAGUAGCUCGAACUGCUCUUCUCGCAUUUCGCGAACUUUGUUCGGAACUGAAGAGUGAGUCCGACAUGCUCCAUCGUUGCGGUAACAAUUUCGCUCUAACACUCACUCGCCUGGAAUGACAAUCUGUGUUCUAAGUCUGAAUGAAAAAUUCUCCAUUACGAUUAGUAAUGCAAGUGGUACCUUCGUCUCGAGUGAUAUCUUACCCCCAGACAUUUGCAGAGCAUACUAUUUACUGGACUAUUUACUGGAGACUAAGAAUCGUGAAUUCCUGGCUGAAGUUUGCAGCGAGCCGAAAUUGGAAUUAGUCGAUUCGUCGAGCAAUCGUCUUCAACCCACAAUUCUCCGUUUCCAGUAUUUAGUUUGACUAAACCCGUAACAAGAUUCUCGAGGAUCCGCGUUAUUUCUGUGCAGCCAGAUAAUUUUCAGAUCAGGAAAAAUAGAGAGUUCUUAAGUGUCGUUAAAAACAAGUACCGAGUCAAAGUUGCCCACUCAUGAUGUCUACUUCAUUCGCAAACAUUGUUAAUCCUUCGAAAUUGGGUCUCUUUCUUUCACUUAACGAACCUCCAACGCUUUUUGUUUUGUACAUAGUUGAUGGUAUAAAAAUGUAACAACCAAUCUGGCGGGCCGUAAGAGAAUAAUGCGGCGAGUUAACCAAGCUUGUCCUAAAGGAGAGAUUCCUCGACGGCUGCGGGUCGUGACCUUUCUCGCCCGUCUGCGGUGAGGAAUUCGCUCGCUCGCUCGUGUUAAUAUUAGAGGGCGACAAUCACAGUAUUGUCGACGUAGAGAAUCAAGCGCAUACAUCGUAAGAAUUAGGGUCUCCUGCGUGAACAACUGUAAACGAAGCAUAUCAUUGUCCCAGGCUUCAUCACCUUACCUUGCCCCCUCGUCAUCCCCGCCAUCCCCGCCCUUCCCGCGAGGGUAUUCGACGUCGUCAGAUUUCGAGGUCAGCUUUCGCGUACUCGACGAGCGACUGCGAAAACUUCUGAGCUUCCUUUCGGCGCUUGCGAGCCUUCCGAUUGGCCACCGAUUGGCCGCUCGAUGAAAGAGAUUUCAGGAUACCGGUCUUUGUCUGUGAAAACCGCCGUGCGUUUUCCUGUGGAACGGUUUGGACAUGACUCUGAAUGCGAAUCUAUUUGUUGGAGUGAUAUCCACAAAAUAGAUCUGCUCAUCGGAAUCGGAAGGUUGUCGGGAGAGAAUGUUCAAACUGUGCUGCGGAAGACUGUCAAUCUAGGUGAGGGAGUUACGUUGCACGAAUUUUCGGCAGGGGGAUUUGCAACGUUUCGUAUCGUUCGGUUGGACUUGUUAACAUUCAGCUUGCACAUUUACUGUCGAAACUUCAUUUUCGACCGGGAGGCAUUCGGGAGGCUUUGUCAAGCUCGAAUCCCAUUGGAGAAGACUAGACGAAAGUAGCAUGUCCUUUGCAUCUUAUCCUGAAGUCUCUCGUGAGAAGCCGCAGUCUAUGUAUAUAAAUCUAUGAUUCGAGAUUUGCUACUGAAGGGUUUGCGCAGCAACCGUUUUAUCUGGACGGAAAGCAUUGCAGGGGUAGGUCUAACCGGCGAUGAAGGGAAAGUUAUACGGCACUUGCGCGCUUGGAAAAUAUUCGGCUUUAUCCGGCUCUCGCUGGAGCCGCAAGCAACUGAGUUAGCAUCUUGAGAGUUUGCCUUGUUGAUUUAUUACAAGUUGCCAAGGUGUGCACGAAGCAAGUAAACACCUGUGAAAGCCGUACGACUUGAAGUACCGUAACUUUGUCCUCACCACCAGUUGAUACGCCCCUGGCCUAAUCUAAAUUAACAGGUCACGCUUGCCCAGCUAUUCUGACGUCGUCCUUUUGUUGCACUCUUAUCUUGCCGAAUAAGGGUGAAAUAACGGGCCGCUGUCUACACCGCGUAUUUUGUUUGAAAGUCCGUCUGGACUGUUCAAUUUUCAAAUUCGGCGACCCUGCACCACUUUACUGCGCAAGCCUGUCGGCAGUGGCUCUCAACCGCGGCAGUUUGGCGCGCUGCACACUUCAUUGCGUCCAAACCGUUUCGCGACCAAGUCCUUUUACACGUAUGUUUUCCGCUCGCAGUCGAUCGGCUGAGCCAAUUGCCGUGCUGAUUGUAUGUUGUUCGAGCUGAACUCAUUCACGAAUGAACACGUCGAAAACCUCGAUCCGGUCUGCUCCAACCGAAUUCUCGCUAGAGGUGAUCCGAGGUCUGUGCUUCUUGGCUGAACGAAAUUGCACAUAGGCCUGCGCUGAAGAAAAGAGAAACGAAGUCUCAGCGCAGGCUGAAGAAGCCAAGAAGAGCAGACCGCCGGGUGCCAUCCGCUUCCGACAAAAGUUCGCGAGCGGCUCGUUAAUACCGGUUACCGACAUCUCUUUCCACGAUAACCGUUACGUAAGCGCGAUGUACAGGGCUGAUCGGGCUAAUUGGCUGACGUAACCGCGCCGUGCGUAAUUAUUGCUGUCAAGAAGAAGCGCACGUGGAGUGCGCGACAAAGGGAAAUCCGCUGCCGCGACUGGCGAGAAAAACUGACUGAUCCCAAUAAAAAGAAAGAAUAGCGAAAAAGAAAAAGAGCAGAAAAAUAAGGGAUGGAAUGCUGAAGAAUGAAGGAAAAGAGGGUCGAAAGAGAGAAAGAAAGACAGAAAGAGACAGAGAGAGAGUCCGCGAAAUUCCCCGACUGGGAAUGAACGUCCGCGAAAGAACGUCUGUGCGAUUCAUCUCUAGUGCCUUGUAGAUAUUCCCGACAUGAUUGCACGAUUAGGUGUUGUCGAUUGGCGAGGAUCAGCGCGAGGAAAGGAAACGGAGGGAACCACUCGAGAGAGGAGACCGAAGAAAGAAGAAAAAAAGAAGAAGAUAACAAAGAGAUGAACAAAUGAAGAUCAAUUACUCAGGACUGAAUGUUUUGUAUAGUUUUGUCUAUGUCGAACAUAAUUUACGUUACAAAUAAACAUUUUUCAUUCUA